AUUCGAUUUGGGAGCGUUUCGUGCCGUAGCCGAAUUCUUGGCCAACUUUCUGUCGUGUUGGACAAACUUUGUCGAAUAACCGACGAAACUCCUCGCUAGACACGAUGUGUUAAUGGAUAAUUCGUAAGAUUGAGAUAAAACUAUACUUACACUAUAUAUAUAUGAUUUAUAGAAAUAUACACGCGUAGACGUCAGGAUGGCUGAUAAUUUAGAUAUGACUGUUUACAAGAAGAAGAUGAGAGUUCACGUUUCAAAAUCCUUGAAUGUAGUCAAAAGCUGGGAGUAUCUUGGUACAAUUGCAGCAGAGUACAUUGCUGGACCGGAAUAUUCGCACAUUCCUUAUUUAGUCGACACCAGUGCUUAUAAACUCGGUCAUAUCUUCGUUCAGGAAGCUGCUGACGUGCAAUGUUUCUGUGUUGAUCCACAAUUGAAAAUCCUCGGUCCCAUUCAAGAUUUCCUUAGUCGAAAUAGAACCCAUUCCAGAUGGCUCGAUACAGAACUUCCCGCCAUAAAGACGACCGGUGAUCACGUGAAUUAUAAAGUUGAGCUUGAAAACACGAAACACAGUAUGGGAUUCAGAGCCUACGAUGCCUUCUUCUUGGACAAGGCACCGGAUAUGUCGGUCGAGGGAGACGUGACCAUAGAUCGGUCGUCCCACGAUGAGCUGUCCCACACGGAUUGGUUCGGUCUGAUCACCGGCGUAUUCACCGCGAGCGCUUCGAGCAUUUAUUUGGUCCGGAAUCAUCGGGAGAGGAUGUUCUACAUCGGCGAAAAACCGCACACCGCCUUCUUUAAAUACAUCGUUUGCAGAAUGGACCACCGAGGAACCGUACAGGAAACCGUGAGCGCGAAAAUAGAGUGCAAAUGGCUGCCACUUCAACAGAGGGACAUGGACACGUUACCCUUAACCAAAUUCGUCAGUCAGUCUACCAGACUAAAGUCUUGAAUACGUCUUUCCAAAACGCUUGAUGUACGAUGAUGUUCCUCAUAAAAAAAUUACUCGAUGCAACUAAGGAUUUUUUUGUUUUUUUUAAACGAACGUAUCUCGA